AUGGACCCCUUUCGCGUGCUCCUCAACUGCAUCGAUCAUUAUCAGGCCACCCCAUCGGAGCUGGACCCUGCACUGCCCUUUCGAGAGGGUGCAUCUGCGAAAAGCUAUCGGCCUAGAGUACCGGUGAUUCGAGUAUUUGGUGCCACAGAAACAGGCCAACGGAUAUGCGUUCAUGUCCAUGGCGCGUUUCCGUAUCUGUACAUCGAGUACAAUGGGUCUUUGGAGGCCGAAGCGGUGAGCUCGGCGAUUAAAACACUUCAUCUCUCGAUCGACCAUGCCUUAGCAGUCAGUUAUCGCCGGAAUGCAUACGACCAGAAGACCGCAUACGUUGCACAUAUCACCCUCGUGAAAGGGAUGCCCUUCUAUGGAUACCAUGUGGGCUACCGUUUCUUCUUCAAGAUCUACCUUCUCAAUCCAUUCUAUAUUAACCGUCUGGCCGAUCUCUUGCAUCAGGGUGCAGUGAUGAAACGACCGUUACAACCCUACGAAAGUCAUAUGCAAUAUGUUCCGCAAUGGAUGUGCGAUUACAAUUUGUACGGAUGUAACUAUAUGGACUGUGCAAAAGUCAGGUUUCGAGCUCCAGUGCCAGAAUAUUUGGAGCUGAACAACCUGGAACAUCGGUGGCAUGACCGCUCAAUUGAUCCCGAGAGCAUAUCUGAUGAUCCCGCUCUUGGAAAACAGAGCCACUACCCCCUGGAGGCAGACGUUUGUGUACAGGAUAUUUUAAACCGACUCGAUAUCAAGGAACGAAACUUGCAUCAUGACUUCACAGAAAUGCUACGACCGGUUGCCUUUAACGAGCGGCUUGUUCCUAGCGUAGCUGGGCUAUGGCAGGACGAAACGAAGAGACGCAAGAAAAGAAUGGGCAUAACUGAUCCAAGCAGUACCCCAUUUGGACCAGAAGACUUGAUAUCCAUGUCCGCAGAUCCCAGAAACAAGUCCAAAGGAGGGUGGAUCCACGAAGACGAGUUUCGUGAGAUGGCAGAGCAAAUCGCUGCAGACGAGAAACACAGGGAUGAUGAAAAAGAUGCGUCCUUUGAGAAGUUCCUGAGCACAGACAAACAUGCCGCCAUGGUCAAAACCGCCUUGAGCAGCAUUGAGGAUUUCUUUCCGGAAAGGUUUGACCAAUCGACUUUCGACGCUCGCGCUUCGCAAUCCGAUGAACAACCUAUCAUAUCUGUUGAUGAGGAGGUCGCUUUAUCUUCUCAACCGCAGAACUAUUCAUCUUCUCAACCAGAGAACUAUCCAGAAUUUGAUCAAGCGGACAGUGCCCAUGAAAAUGGAGUCGAGAAAGAAAACUUGAAAAAGCAGGGAAAUUCGUUGGAAGAGAGCUUUUACGAUGGAGUUUUUGAUGACGUUGCCGAUAUAGAAGAUUCUACAAACCAUGAAGCGGCUCAAUCUGAGCUGAUUCUACCGAUAAAACGGGACUCAAAAAGCACCUCGCUUUCAUCGGCUUCAGAGGAGCGUCAGCAAACCGACCUGAAGGGAACCAUUGAAAAUCAAAAGAUUCUCAAGCGUUCAGAGCUUGACUCUCAUCGGCGUUCGCCCGCUAAAAAGCCGAGGUUCUGGAGCAGCUAUGACCCAUCAAAGUCAUCAAAGAAUCCUAGCAAUAAGGGGAAACCCGAUGGAGAAGGUACAGAAGCUACGGUUCGGCCUGGAUUUCCCUCGUCUGAACCCAAAUCAUCCUCUUCCCACAGAACAAUUCGACCCAAAAUAGAAAACACUCGCCUUAACUAUCCAGUUGUGAAGGAUCCCAAUGAUCCACUAACUAUCCUUCGAUUCAGCCAAAGCCAGAAUAAUUCUCAAUCUUCAAAGAAGGCGUCAUACUCUCCUCAGAAUAUGCCGAACUCGUUUCCAUCUGGCCCCGCUGCAUGCAAACCAGGCAAUAGCGAGACCACGUCUUCUUCGUGGCCGGGCUCUUCCUCUACAGUAGUGGAAACUCCUGUACUGGAUCCACACAUCUCUGAAAUGAAGAGAAUUAUCGCCAAUUCAUUCGAUUUCUCUUCAGGCAAUGGCUUGCGACUUUUUCGGUCCGCUGGUCCAGGGACCAAUGAUGUUGUUUCCACUAUCGAUAGUGAUGGCUGUCCUUCGAUCGUCUACCAAAAGGCAUACUAUAGCGAUGAGGCCGACGUACCUGAAAGACCCCGUCAAUAUGCAGGUCGGGAGUUCCGCCUGGAAAGUAAUACAAUACACUUUCUUCCGGAGUUUGACCCGUCUGGACGUCUGCCUGGAAUGUUUGGGGAGCAUCCUCCGACUCUUUUAGACCGAGAACAGCAAGAAAAAAAUGAUCGGCAAUUGCGAGAAUCGUGCACUAUCCGAGAAUGGGAAUUCGCACCUGUCCCGCCUAGUCGAUCUGAAGUUGUUGAAUGGUUUAAGCAAUUCGAAAAGUCCCUGGAUGUCACUUUGACAUCUUCCUGCCUCCCUUCGCCGGAGCACAAGCCUGAAUUUUUGUCACAAAUUGAAGGCCCAACUCAAAAUCCAUAUGGGUUCAAAUAUUCCCAAAAGAAGAAGAAGACCAGCGUUGAGCACGGAGCCCAGUAUAUGAGCACAAUGAGCUUGGAAGUGCAUGUUAAUACCCGCGGAAACCUAUCGGCCAACCCCACUGAAGACGAGAUUUCUUGUAUUUUUUGGUCUAUUCAGUCCGAAGAUGCAGAUAUCCAAGUCAACAGUCACCUUCCUGGCGUCCAUGUUGGUGUUAUUUAUCAUGGUGAGGGUGAGAGACCCGAGAACAAGGUCUCCAAAGCGCUUAAAGUAGAAAUGGAGUGCGAAGAAACAGAGCUUGACUUGAUCAAUCGCCUGAUUGAUAUUGUCCGCGAAUAUGACCCGGACAUUAUUACUGGAUACGAAGUUCACAACGGUUCCUGGGGCUAUGUGAUUGAGCGUGCUCGCAAGAAGUACGACUUCGAUCUCUGCGACGAGAUUUCUAGGGUCAAGGCCCAGUCACAUGGAAAGUUUGGCAAAGAAGAGGACCGGUGGGGUCAUGGUCAAACUUCGUCAAUUAAGGUGACUGGUCGGCAUAUUAUCAAUCUAUGGCGUGCGAUGAGCAGCGAGCUCAAUUUGCUCCAGUAUACGAUGGAAAAUGUCGUGUUUCAUCUGCUGCACCGCCGAAUUCCACAUUACUCUCACAAAGACCUGACCAAUUGGUACCGGAGCGGAAAACCGCGAGAUAUCCUCAAGGUCAUCGAAUACUUUACUUCCCGAGUGCAAAUGGAUCUUGAAAUUCUCGAAGCCAGUGAGUUAAUCCCGCGCACCAGUGAGCAAGCUCGGCUUCUUGGAAUAGAGUUUUCCUCUGUCUAUUAUCGAGGGUCACAAUUCAAGGUUGAAUCUUUGAUGUUCCGAAUCGCCAAGCCCGAAAAUUAUUUACUGGUAUCGCCAAGUAGGAGGCAGGUCGGACAGCAGAAUGCUCUCGAAUGUCUGCCGCUUGUAAUGGAGCCGCAGAGUGACUUCUACACCAGCCCGCUUCUCGUCCUAGAUUUCCAGUCGCUAUACCCUAGCGUGAUGAUCGCGUACAACUACUGCUACUCAACAUUCCUAGGCAGAGCAGCUUCCUGGCGUGGGCGAGACAAGAUGGGAUUCUUAGACUAUGAGCGACAGCCACGGCUACUAGAGCUGCUCAAAGACAAGAUCAACAUCUCUCCGAAUGGUAUGAUGUACGCCAAACAGGAAGUACGGCAGUCCUUGCUAGCCAAGAUGCUUACGGAAAUCCUCGAGACCAGAGUGAUGGUCAAGUCUGGCAUGAAAGCCGACAAAGAUGACAAGACCCUACAACGCCUACUUAACAACCGUCAGUUAGCUCUGAAGCUGAUUGCCAACGUGACCUACGGCUACACGUCCGCAUCUUUCUCCGGCCGAAUGCCUUGUUCCGAGAUCGCAGACAGCAUCGUCCAGACCGGUCGUGAAACAUUGGAAAAAGCUAUCGCAUUUAUCCACUCGGUAGAGAGAUGGGGUGCCGAGGUAGUGUACGGCGACACAGACAGUCUUUUCGUCUACCUCAAGGGCCGAACACGCGACCAAGCCUUUGACAUCGGUGAAGAAAUCGCCCAAGCAGUAACCGACAUGAACCCACGCCCCAUCAAACUCAAAUUCGAAAAAGUAUACCACCCCUGCCUCCUGCUCGCCAAAAAGCGUUAUGUCGGCUUCAAAUAUGAGCAUCGCUCCCAGAAAGAACCCGAAUUCGACGCCAAAGGCAUAGAAACCGUCCGCCGCGACGGUACACCUGCCGAACAAAAGAUCGAAGAAAAAGCUCUCAAAAUCCUCUUCCGCACAGCAGACCUCAGUCAAGUGAAAUCCUACUUCCAGCGCCAAUGCACAAAGAUAAUGCAGGGUCGCGUCUCCAUCCAGGAUUUCUGUUUCGCCAAGGAGGUCAAAUUAGGCUCAUACAGCGAGCGCGGCACUCUCCCCGCCGGGGCUAUGAUCAGCACUAAACGAAUGAUGGAUGACCCUCGCCUGGAACCACAGAUCGGCGAACGUGUCCCCUACGUCGUGAUUACCGGUGCUCCUGGUUCGCGACUAGUAGAUCGCUGCGUGGGACCCGAGACGCUCCUCCAGGAUGCCCAGCUCGAUCUCGAUGCCGAGUACUACAUCACCAAGAAUAUCAUUCCACCGCUAGAGCGCAUUUUCAAUCUUGUUGGCGCGAACGUCCGUCAAUGGUACGAUGAGAUGCCCAAGGUCCAGCGCAUCCGGCGCGUUGAUACCUCGAAGAAUAAGGAAAUGAAUAUCAUGAAACGAACGCUUGAAUCAUACAUGCGCUCCUCGUCGUGCAUCAUCUGCCGAACGAAGCUUGUAGAUGCCAACAGCUCUCUCUGCAAUGAGUGCCUCCAGCGUCCCCAUAUCACUCUUUUGGAUGUUGUCUCAAGACUACAGCGUGCUGAGAAGCGGGUUGUUGACCUUGAGACUGUUUGUCGGUCUUGUAUGGGUGUUUCUGCUGUCGAUGAGGUUAGCUGUGAUAGCUUGGACUGCCCUGUUUUCUAUUCGCGGACACGCGAUGCGGCCAAUUGGCACCAUACAAAGGCUGUGUUUGAGCCGGUAAUUGAGCUGUUGGAGAAGAAAGGGGAUGAGGGUUUGGAUUGGUGA